AUGGCUCCCUUGCAAUCAUAUAUCCAUCGCUCGAGCGAAAAGGGGCUUUCUAGUGUCACGACCUUAGUAGUAGGGGACAAGGCAGCUGUUCUCUUUGACCCGCCAUUCCUAAUUCCAGACGCCGAAUCUGUCGUUCAAUGGAUCAAGGAGACAACAAACGUACCUCUAAGAGCCGUUUUCGUUACCCACCAUCAUCCUGAUCACUAUUUCUCUGCCAACCCAAUACUUGAUGCGUGGCCAGCGUCAACUCUUCAUGCGGCGCCAUACGUAUGCGCUGGAAUUGAUCGAGAGUAUGAUGAAAAGGUCAUUUACUGGCCAACAUUAUUCGGCAGAGAGAACAUUCCCGAAGUUCCACGCAAGCCGACGCCUUUUGAGUAUACCUUUUUCCAACUUGAAGGCAAUGAAGACUCUCCAAUCAUUUUACUCGGGCCUCUGCAGGGAGAUUCAGUGGAUCACACCCUGUUCUGGUUGCCGAAGGAGAAGGUUGUUGUCUGCGGAGAUUCGGUCUAUGCUCGCAGUACCCAUGCCUGGGUCGAAGAGAUUGACACACCCCAAAUACUCGAGGCGUGGGAGAGGACGCUGGACGUGAUUGAAGCACUUGGGGCUGACAAGAUCAUUCCCGGGCAUUUGGAGGUCGGGUGGGAACCCAAUGCGAAGGAAGACAUUGCGCAUAUGAGAAAGUACCUGCAGCUUGUCUCAGAGAAGGUGUUCCAUGCCAAAGAGAAACCUCAAGUGAAGGACCUCUUCGAAACGUUCAAAGCAGCUUUCCCCAAAGCUGACAGAAACCUUGACUUCUUCCUCGGACAUAUGUCGAAUCGUUUUGGUGAAGGAGGAAAUGUCUGGGAGGAGAAUCGCCAUCACAAUGUCGGCGCAAGAACAAAGGAACAGCUGGAGGGAUACCUGUUCAGGCUAUGA